AUGGCUACCAACGGGUCUUUCUCCCACUACCAUGCUGCCUCAUCUGCGGAGGCCAUUGAGUCCGAGAAGCAGUAUGCGGCCCAUAAUUAUCACCCUCUCCCCAUUGUUUUUGCCCGUGCUCAGGGUACUUCGGUCUGGGACCCCGAAGGCCGUCACUACCUUGACUUCCUCUCCGCCUACUCCGCCGUGAACCAGGGUCACUGCCACCCCAAAUUGGUGGCCGCACUCGUAGAUCAAGCUUCGCGAGUGACGUUGAGCUCCCGUGCAUUCUACAAUGAUGUUUUCCCCCGCUUCGCCGAGUUCGUGACGAGCUACUUUGGCUUUGACAUGGUUCUGCCCAUGAACACCGGCGCCGAGGCGGUUGAGACAGGUAUCAAAAUUGCCCGUAAAUGGGGAUACAAGGUCAAGGGCAUUCCGGAAAAUCAAGCCGUGGUUCUGAGUGCAGAGAACAACUUCCACGGGCGUACGUUCGCCGCCAUUUCCCUAUCUUCCGAUCCCGAAUCACGCGAACACUACGGGCCUUAUCUGCCCGGCAUCGGAUGUACUAUUCCAGGAACUGAGAAGCCCAUCGCAUACAAUGAUAAGGCUGCUCUUCGAGAGGCAUUCGAGGCGGCCGGUCCCAACUUGGCUGCUUUCCUCGUCGAACCCAUCCAAGGUGAGGCAGGCAUCGUUGUCCCAGACCCAGACUACCUGCAAGAGGCCCGGGCACUCUGCGACAAGCACAAUGUGCUGUUGAUCUGCGACGAGAUUCAAACCGGUAUUGCGCGCACCGGCAAACUGCUGUGCCACGAGUGGAGCGGAAUUAAGCCCGACCUUGUCCUGCUCGGAAAGGCCAUCUCGGGUGGUAUGUACCCGGUCUCCUGUGUGUUGGGACGCAAGGACGUCAUGCUCACGAUCGAGGCUGGCACCCAUGGUUCGACUUAUGGCGGAAACCCGCUGGGUUGUGCGGUUGCUAUUCGCGCACUCGAGGUCGUGCGCGAGGAAAAUAUGGUCGAGCGUGCGGAACAGCUCGGCCACUUGUUCCGCGAUGGGCUUCUGGCUAUCAAGAGCCCGCUGAUCGAGACGGUGCGCGGAAAGGGUCUACUCAAUGCCAUUGUCAUCGAUGAGUCGAAGACGAAUGGACACACUGCUUGGGAUCUGUGCAUGUUGAUGAAGGAGAAGGGAUUGCUGGCCAAACCCACCCACCAGAACAUCAUUCGCCUUGCCCCUCCGUUGGUCAUCACAGAGGAAGAAAUCCAAAAGGCCCUUGACAUCAUCAAGGAAGCUGUUGCAGAUCUCCCAACCCUCAAGGGGUCAUCUGAGGAUCAGGUCAUCCCUCCCGCAGAGAAGAAGGUCAAUAUUGGCCUUGAGAACUAG